GUAUCAGAGAUCUUCGUGACGGCUAGAAAAUAGGUUACCCGUCUUCUCCGAAGUCGUAUUUCAGGCACACGCCUGCUUUUCAGAGCCACCAGAUCCGUCGCCGGCGACGAAUUGGCUAUUUCUGGAGGUUCUAUUCUAUCCUAUUCUCCCACCCUUCCUUUCUCCUUGCUAGUUCUUGCUGCUACCCGAAACCGUUGAGGAAGAUAAUUUAUUUAGAUGGCUGCCAGAAGAGGCAUUAACCAGCUUUUGAGCAUGAAAUUACAUUUUAAGUCAUCAAUUCCAUGGAUGUCAUCGUUUCUGGGGAAGCAGAAUCCAGAGUUUGCUGGAUCUGCCGGUAUGUCAUCUCUUAGAGGAUUAGCACUACUUGGGGUUAGUGUUUCUGGAGUUUUAAGCUUUGCUACCAUAGCUUCUGCUGAUGAUGAAGCAGAGCAUGGUCUGGCUUGCCCCAGCUAUCCUUGGCCGCACAAAGGCAUCCUUAGCUCUUAUGAUCAUGCAUCAAUCCGCCGCGGUCAUCAAGUCUAUCAACAAGUCUGUGCUUCUUGCCAUUCAAUGUCUCUGAUUUCUUAUCGAGAUCUUGUUGGUGUGGCAUAUACUGAAGAUGAAGUAAAGGCGAUGGCAGCGGAGAUUGAGGUGGUUGAUGGUCCUAAUGAUGAAGGCGAGAUGUUUACUCGUCCUGGAAAACUAAGUGAUCGCUUUCCUAAACCAUAUGAUAAUGAACAAGCAGCACGAUUUGCCAAUGGUGGAGCAUAUCCUCCAGACUUAAGCUUGAUAACUAAGGCCCGACAUAAUGGACAAAACUAUGUUUUUGCUCUUCUUACUGGGUACCGCGAUCCCCCUGCUGGUAUUUCGAUCCGAGAUGGUUUGCACUAUAAUCCAUACUUCCCUGGUGGUGCUAUAGCUAUGCCUCAAAUGCUUAUUGAUGGUGCUGUUGAGUAUGAAGAUGGCACUCCUGCCACCGAAGCCCAGAUGGGGAAGGAUGUUGUCGCAUUCCUUUCAUGGGCGGCUGAACCAGAGAUGGAAGAGCGCAAAUUGAUGGGAUUCAAAUGGAUCUUCGUGUUGUCUCUUGCUCUGCUCCAAGCCGCAUACUAUCGGCGCCUGAAGUGGUCUAUUUUCAAGUCACGCAAGCUGGUUCUCGAUGUCGUCAACUGAACUGAUCAUUCUCAGGAAAUAAUUUUGUGCAGACUAGCUCAAUAAACAACUUUGGGUUUAUGUAAUUGCCAAAGGGAUUUUUCUUGAGCCCAAUUCUUUUCUCCCAUUUUGCAAGGAAACAAAAUAAUCCUUACAAAAAUACUUGUUGUUGUUGAUGGUACCGUACAACUUUUUCCUUUUUUUUGGGUCUUUUUUUUUUUUCAAGUGGAGAUAGAUGCAUUAUCAUGAGACAACGUUUGUUUU